UAUGGUCUCUUCUGCUGGAAUUGUCGAUGAGAAGAUGGCGGAUGAAAUGCGGUGUGAUUGUAUUGCUAGCAUAUGCAGUAGAUAUUGUUUGUUUAUUGUGACGAGUAUGCGCUGUUUUAAAUAACUGUUAGCAUAGAAGCUUUCUUAAGAGUAAGCAGCUCUUAUUGUAUUCGCUUCGAGGAAAUAUAUAAAUUAUACGUCGGCAUUGCCAUCUAGAAUUUCCUGGAUAGUGAAGCAUUGCAAGUUCACGUGAAUUCUCAACAUGGAUGAAGAGUGGGAAGCCGAGAACUUCGAUGUGAAACAGAUUAGGCCGACGACAACUGUGAAACUCAAUAAGUGGGAAGGCGAGGAUGAAGAUGAAGAUGUGAAGGAUAACUGGGAAGAUGAGGAGGAGGAAGAGAAGAAAGAUGUUGAAAAACAGGAACCUGUCAAGCCAGUCCAGUCAAAGAAGCCUCAAAAGAACUUACAAGAAAAAAUUGCUGAAAAAGAGCGACAACAACGUGAAGAAGCCAUGAGAAAAGCACAGGCUAAGGAGGCACUGAAUAAACCAAUGACACCUGAAGAACUUCAAGCAGAAAAAAAGAGACAACAGAAAUUACAAGAAGAAGCUGACUUGCUAGUGGCAAUGGAGACAUUCGGUGUUAAAGAAAUUGUAUCAACUGGAAUAGAUGGAAUGAAUCCAGACAGCAAAGAGGAAUUUGACCAAUUCAGAGAAGCUCUCUGUAAAAAGAUUAAUCAUUAUUCAAAGUCUCCUCAUUUUCCUGAAUUUGCUGAGGAACUAAUUAGGAAUAUAUGUGUGAAUUUGUCCAGCACAGAUCUUAAGAAACUGAAAAACACUAUAGAAAACAUGUUCUUGGAAAAAUCAAAGAUAGAAAAAGGUGACAAAGCCAAAAAGAAGGGCAAAGGAAAGGCAAAACUCAGAGUUGAGGGUGACAAUACAAUUGUGAAUGAAUAUUCAGCCUAUGCAGAUUACGAUUAUGAUGAUUUCAUAUAAUGUGAAUGUUACUUUGAAGUCAUUACCUAUGAAGUGACUUUGACAAUUGUGGGACAGUAAAGGAAUAGGAAUCAUGAACAAAUGUGUUUUCUACAGUUGGUGAUACUGAUAUUGUGGGUGUAGGUUAUUCCCUGCAUGUUGAUAUUUAUUAUUCUAACAGGAGUCGCAUUUUUCUGAGCUUUCUUUUUAACCUCUGAAUGAAACUUGACAGAAUAAACAAUUUUGCAUGACUAAGAAUACAGAUGCUGUGCUCUGAAAGCAAUGAAAAUACAGAAAUUAUUUGUGAUAUGUAAUUAGUCAUUUAGAAACAAAAAUUGUUAAAUGAAUAGAAGAUAAGUUUUAUUAUCAGUUAUUUCCAAAAGAACUGUGGACAAUGUGAUUACAAUUUUUUACUUCCGUUACACUUGUUUAUUGUGAUCGGACGGUGUGACCAUCUUUACCCUUGGUAACUUCGGUUUCUCUCAUUUAGUUGCUAUAUGUUGCUACUAAGAGUAUGAAAUUAUAUACCAUUGUUUUUGUUAUUAAAUAUUUAACAAUGAUAUAAUGGGCAUUGAUACAAAGCCACAUCAAAAGCAUUAUUUUGUAAAUGUCAUUGUCUCCUAACACUGUCUUCCUUCCACCAGCACCUGACACUGUCAGUUGAAUAUUGUGAAUUAUUAUUUGUAAAUUAUUGCAUUUGUGCAAUAGAAUGAACUUCUUGCGAGUGUGUCACAUUUUUUAAUGUACUGUGUAAGUGUGUGCUUUUUCAAGUUUAGACUUAAGUUUUGAAUUAGUAAAGUGUCGUCAAUUGAAAGAUCUCUUGUACUAUAAUUUCUUCUAAUGUUUUCGCAGCUGCUAGUUACUGAGACUUCUCGUAGACAAAAAAAGUAUUGUGAAAGGCCUAUUUCAUUGCUUAAAGAGCACUCACUCCUUCUUGGGUGAACUUGUUAAUUUCCAUCUUUGUUUGCCAUCUAAAGUUGUGAAUGUGUUAAGUUUACAAUAAACAUAUUUUGGUAUUGUUUAACAGAACAUUAUUAAAUAACUGAACUUGGUUGCAAAGUGUA